GCGCCGACGCUGGCGACGUACCUGUCGGACUCCGGAUUCCCGCAGCUUCUCUUCCUCUACUGUGGGUCAGGGCCGGUCUGUUCCGGAACCACAGACCCCGUCUCAGUUCUAGUUCUCCCGCAACCCGGAAUCAGGCAGGAAAAUGAGGAAGAGAGGUGUGGUAGCUUGAAAGCCUUCUUGCUUUCCUCCAGAGUUGGAUCAUGGAUUCAGUUUUAGUCUUUUGAGAGGAAAGUGAGGCUGGGGAUUUUUAUUUUAAUUUUGGACAGAAGCAGGUUGACUCAGGGUCCUUCAAAACAAGAGGAUUUAAACUUAAUGCUGCUCCUGUGUUUGAAAGAGGAUAAAAAAGUCCCACCUGGCAAAAUUUACGUAACCUCUUCAGUAGAAAACACCAGGUAUUUUUUAAAUCGUGUAGGUUUCGUUGUGUGUCAAGCGUUCUCCAGGUGAAGCUCCCAGGGUAGCCUAAGGUGUUAGGUUUGAAACAGAUGCAGAAUCCAAAGGCAGCACAAAAAACAGCCUCCGAUUUUGCUAUGUCUCUGAGCUGCGAGAUAAUCAGACAGCUAAAUGGAGUCUGAACAGCUAUUCCAUAGAGGCUACUAUCGAAACAGCUACAACAGUAUAACAAGUGCAAGUAGUGAUGAGGAACUUUUAGAUGGAGCAGGUGUUAUUAUGGACUUUCAGACUUCUGAAGAUGACAAUUUGUUAGAUGGUGACACAGCAGUUGGAACUCAUUAUACAAUGACAAAUGGAGGCAGCAUUAAUAGUUCUACACACUUACUGGAUCUUUUGGAUGAACCGAUUCCAGGUGUUGGUACAUAUGAUGAUUUUCAUACUAUUGAUUGGGUGCGAGAGAAGUGUAAAGACAGAGAAAGGCAUAGACGGAUCAACAGCAAAAAGAAAGAAUCAGCAUGGGAAAUGACAAAAAGUUUGUAUGAUGCAUGGUCAGGAUGGCUUGUAGUAACACUAACAGGACUGGCAUCAGGAGCACUGGCUGGAUUAAUAGACAUUGCUGCUGAUUGGAUGACUGAUUUAAAGGAAGGCAUUUGCCUUAGUGCAUUAUGGUAUAACCAUGAACAGUGUUGUUGGGGAUCUAAUGAAACAACAUUUGAAGAAAGGGAUAAAUGUCCACAGUGGAAAACAUGGGCAGAAUUAAUAAUAGGUCAAGCGGAGGGUCCUGGUUCUUACAUCAUGAAUUAUAUAAUGUAUAUUUUCUGGGCCUUGAGUUUUGCCUUCCUUGCAGUUUCCUUGGUAAAAGUAUUUGCCCCAUAUGCCUGUGGCUCUGGAAUUCCAGAGAUUAAAACUAUUUUGAGUGGAUUCAUCAUCAGAGGUUACUUGGGAAAGUGGACUUUAAUGAUUAAAACCAUUACUUUAGUACUUGCUGUGGCAUCAGGCUUGAGUUUAGGAAAAGAAGGUCCCCUGGUACAUGUUGCCUGUUGCUGUGGAAAUAUCUUUUCCUACCUCUUUCCAAAGUAUAGCACAAAUGAAGCUAAAAAAAGGGAGGUGCUGUCAGCUGCCUCAGCUGCAGGUGUUUCUGUGGCUUUUGGGGCACCGAUUGGAGGAGUUCUUUUUAGCCUGGAGGAGGUUAGCUAUUAUUUUCCUCUUAAAACUUUAUGGAGAUCAUUUUUUGCUGCUUUAGUAGCUGCAUUUGUUUUGAGAUCCAUCAAUCCAUUUGGGAACAGCCGUCUGGUCCUUUUUUAUGUGGAGUAUCAUACACCAUGGUACCUUUUUGAAUUGUUUCCUUUUAUUCUCCUUGGGGUGUUUGGAGGACUUUGGGGAGCCUUUUUUAUUAGGGCAAAUAUUGCCUGGUGUCGUCGACGCAAGUCCACCAAAUUUGGAAAGUAUCCUGUUCUUGAAGUCAUUAUUGUUGCAGCCAUUACUGCUGUGAUAGCCUUCCCUAAUCCAUAUACUAGACUCAACACCAGUGAACUGAUUAAAGAGCUUUUCACAGACUGUGGUCCCCUGGAAUCCUCUUCUCUGUGUGACUACCGAAAUGACAUGAAUGCCAGUAAGAUUGUUGAUGAUAUUCCUGAUCGUCCAGCAGGCGUUGGAGUAUAUUCAGCUAUAUGGCAGUUAUGCUUAGCACUCAUAUUUAAAAUCAUAAUGACAGUAUUCACUUUCGGCAUCAAGGUUCCAUCAGGCUUGUUCAUCCCCAGCAUGGCCAUUGGAGCAAUUGCAGGAAGGAUUGUGGGGAUUGCAGUGGAACAACUUGCCUACUUUCACCAUGACUGGUUUAUCUUUAAGGAGUGGUGUGAGGUUGGGGCUGAUUGCAUUACACCCGGCCUUUAUGCCAUGGUUGGUGCUGCUGCGUGCUUAGGUGGCGUGACAAGGAUGACUGUCUCCCUGGUGGUUAUUGUUUUUGAACUUACUGGAGGCUUGGAAUAUAUUGUACCUCUUAUGGCUGCAGUAAUGACCAGUAAAUGGGUUGGAGAUGCCUUUGGUAGAGAAGGCAUCUAUGAAGCACACAUCCGUUUAAAUGGAUACCCUUUCUUGGAUGCAAAAGAAGAAUUUACUCAUACCACCCUGGCUGCUGAUGUCAUGAGACCUCGAAGGAAUGAUCCUCCAUUAGCCGUCUUGACCCAGGACAAUAUGACAGUGGACGACAUAGAAAACAUGAUUAAUGAAACCAGCUACAAUGGCUUUCCUGUCAUAAUGUCAAAAGAAUCUCAGAGAUUAGUGGGAUUUGCCCUUAGAAGAGACUUGACAAUUGCAAUAGAAAGUGCCAGAAAAAAGCAAGAAGGUAUUGUUGGGAGUUCUCGGGUGUGUUUUGCACAGCACACCCCAUCUCUUCCAGCGGAAAGUCCUCGACCAUUGAAGCUGCGGAGCAUCCUUGACAUGAGCCCUUUUACAGUGACAGACCACACCCCAAUGGAGAUCGUGGUGGAUAUCUUCCGGAAACUGGGGCUGAGGCAGUGCCUUGUCACCCACAAUGGGAUUGUCUUGGGGAUCAUCACAAAGAAGAACAUUUUAGAGCAUCUCGAGCAACUAAAGCAGCACGUGGAGCCCUUGACGCCUCCUUGGCAUUAUAACAAAAAAAGAUAUCCUCCGUCAUAUGGCCCAGACGGCAAACCAAGACCCCGCUUCAAUAAUGUUCAACUGAAUCCUGCAGAUGAGAGAGAGGAAACAGAAGAGGAAGUUCAUUUGUUGAAUAGCACAACUCUUUAACCUAAAGGAGUCGUCCACUUUUUUUUUUCUCCUUUAAAAAAAAAAAAAAAAAAAAGGAAGUACGAAAGCCAGGUUUUUGCAUCAUGGUUUGGAAUGGUGGAAUGGAGGAAUUGUUUGGGAAGGAAAGGAGAGAUGUGCUUACCUGGCUGUGAGCAGCAAAUCAGCUCCUGUUAUUCUGCACUGGAUGCAUCCAGCGGAGGAUGUGCUGUGAUAGUGCAGGCUUGAACCUCAAGGGAGAUAACACUGGAAUCCUCAAACACUUGACUUGUGUCCAGUACUGCAGUGACGUGUUAUCAGUCCCUAUUUCUGGAGGGAUUACUUUGAAUUGAGCCAUCUUAUAAGACUGCAAGAUCUUACCUUUUUUUACCAGAACUGUUCUGUUUAAUUCAUGAAUUGUGUAGUUAAGCAUUACCUUUCUACAUUCCAGAAGAGCUUUUAUUUCUCUUCCUCUCUCUCUCUCUCUCUCUCUCUCUCUCUCUCUCUCUCUCUCUCUCUCUCUGUCGCUCUCCCCUCUCUUUUCUUCUCCCUCCCUCUCCUGAGCUGUAACAAAGCCUCUUAAAUUGGUGUACCCUUUUGAAGCAGUCCUUUCUCAUAUUGAGAUGUACUGAUUUUACUGAGGUUUCAUCGCAAGAAGGCAGUGUUUCUUGUGCCAUUAACCAUGUAGUUUUUACUAUCACUGAAGGCCUGGAACAGUGUACACACACCAUGUUAAAGGGUUGGCCAACAGGUAAAAUCUUGAGUGGUGUGAACAGAAUCUCCCAGCUUGUGUGUUGUGUGGUUCAGAAUGAAAAACAGUGAAGACUUUAAGGAUAAACGAUUUUUUUCCAUCUCAGACUUCAUGUGACCUGGUCUUAUGCAAAUUUUCUAUUUCUAAUACUACUAUGAUAUACAAGUGCUAUUCAGCAUAAUUAAAAAGCUGCUGCUCUGACAGUGAAGAAAAGAAAGUAUUCUGUUUAGCUGUGUCUGGUAUUAAUUGCAUGUUAGAACACUGGAUAUUUUUUUUCUUGAAAUUAGAUCAUUCUUUGUUUCUUUAAGAUACUUUAUGGCUGACACUGAAGAUAAAAUGUAAUUCAUAACUUGCACUAAAUGUAUAAUUCUUUUCUUAAAAAUUUACCAUUCUUAUUUAUAUUUUUAUGGAUUAAAAUUUAUAAAAUACAGAUCAGUUAAUAUCGCACUUAAAUAAUUUUACCUUUUUAAUGUAAUUUUUAUAAACUAAUUCUGACUUACAGAUAUGGAGAUGUGAACAACGUUUACAAUGGGAGCAAGGGUUUAAAAAGCUUAUGCUGACUUCUCCAUGAUCCAAUGUGUACAUAACCUUAUCCUGAUGUUUCACUGUCAUCCUCUGGAUUAUGUCUUCUGACCUGUCCAUUUUGACCCACAAACUGGAAAAUUCAAAACAUGACAGAUUACGUAGUAGAUUAAAACUAAAAAUUAGGGUUGACUGUUUUUUAGGAAAAAAAAAAAAGAGAGAAAAUUUUAAAGGUAGCAGUUAAAUUCAGCCUAAGUAUAACCUUUGAAUCUCUGGGUAUGUCAUCUCCAUAACAGAAGUGUUUGGUGAUGGUUGGAGUAACCACAAUGCACAUUUUUACAGGAUGAGUUAAAAUGUACUGGAGUGUUUGGAAUUUUCAUUUUUGGAAAUGUCUAUUUAAUCAUGGUCUUAGCUCACCCUUGGCAAAGGCACUUUAUUCAAAGGACUCACCUAACUGUCCUGUGAUUAUGCAUUUCUGACAAGCAAAUGACUUUGCAAACAGACAUUUUGUGAAACAUAACUGGCAACCAUUUUUACAUUUUGAAAGUGAUUCUUCACUUCCUACUUAAUAAUAUGCCUGUUAAAAUCUGUAAGAUCACUUAAGACCUGUAUGGUCUUGAAGACUUAAGAGAUCAUGAAGCCAUAUUAGAAUAAUAAUUGAAAGUUGAGCAAAAUACUGGGAACUUUAUGAAUCCUUUUUAGCUGUGCUAUCUGCCAAAAAUUCCUAUUUUGUCCUCAUUACUUCCUCCAUUUGGCAGACUUCAAAUUUUCUUCAUAGACCCGUCAUUUAUUUUGACUAUCCAGAGUAGUUAUUUCUAAAUGAUAGCUCUGUGUUCAUGUUAAGAUCUUAAGGAUCUCUGCAGUGUGCAAUUCACUGCUAGAGUUUCAACUCCUCAGUAUGGCUAAUGGAUAACUAAUUGUCCUGAAUUACAAGCCUUCAAAGGAGAAAUCAGUUUUCUUUGCAGGUAGUGUCAUACAUUAAAUUACACUUGGAUUUUAUUUUGCACAUUUACCUUUUCUAUUUCAAGUCCUGUAUCAUUGCCCAUCUUGCUUCAGUGGCUGACAUUCAGGGUGGAUACUAAAGCAUAAAUUUUCUUUGAUGUAUAUCCAUCUUGGAGUGUCCUACUGCUGAAAUACAGGAAAGUGCUGUAUUUUUAAUGCAUUUAGUAGUUUUCUUUGGUAUUACUAUCUAUUCCAUUUCUCUUUUUGAUACAUUGAAAUUUGCUUUUCAACCAAAUGAUGAAGUAGUGGAGAACAUGAGAUAUUCGUGCCUAGCUAAUUGGCAAAUUAAUUGACCAAUAUAAUAAGUGUAGCGCCUUAUUUGAGUACCCUUUUUGAGAAGGUAUAAUGAGAAUGGGCAAGAGUGUCAGCAUCUCUUACUAAUAUUCGCUUUCAGUUUUGGUUCACAAAGAAUGCUUAGUUUGUUAAUCUGUAAUGUUGCCUAGACCUGUAUUUAUCUGUUUUUAUUUAUACUAGUGUAGUAAAGCUGCAUAUCAUUACAGUAAAAAUGAUUACUGUGAUGAGUUAAUCAGAAAACCCAUUAAAAUCUAUAUGACAA